AUGGCAGGAUUCAGCGAUGCGCCCUUCGCCGAGGCCCUCGCCGUCCCCGCCGUCUGCGCGCUGACCGCCUUCCUCAGCUACUUCUCGCAGUUCGUCUUCAGCGACGAGACGCUCGACCCGGGCCCGCUGACCCGCAACGAGAGCGUCGUCUUCAACACGCUGCUGCUGUGCCUGUGGUUCAGCUACUUCCGCGCCGUCACCAUCGAUCCCGGCCGCUUCGUCUUUGAGGAACAGGUGCUCGACGCGGAUGGACGGUGGUGCAAGAAGUGCCAGGCGCCGAAGCCCCCGAGGGCUCAUCACUGCCGGCACUGCAAGAGAUGCAUCCCCAAGAUGGACCACCACUGCCCCUGGACGGCCAACUGCGUGUCCAUGACGACGUUUCCGCACUUCCUACGCUUCCUCGUCUACGCCAACGCGUCGCUAUGGACGCUGGGCUACUUCUUCUGGCAGCGGUUCUACGCCCUGUGGGAGACGCGGCACAUGCCCGCCCACCUGGGCCCCUCGCUCUUUGCGCUCAUCUCGCUCGCCAUGACGUCCCUCGUCUGGGCCGUCACGUCGCUGGCGCUGGGCCUCAUGCUCAUCACCACGCUGCAGGGCUGGGUCCUCAACCGCACCACGAUCGAGGAGAUGGAGGUCGACAAGCACGAGUCCAACAUCCGCAGCGGCAGCGGCAAGGAGUGGUGGGACGUGACGGGGCCCGACGGCGAAAAGCUGCGCUUCGAGCCCGUCGAGUUCCCCUACGACGUCGGCUUCUUCGCCAACAUGGCCCAGGCCAUGGGCUCCGCAAACCCGCUGCUGUGGCUGCUGCCCCUCGCCGGCAACCCGCGCCUCAGCAAGACCGGCACGGGGCCCGGCUGGACCUGGGACGAGAACGGCUUCAACCGCAAGUUUGGCAUGUGGCCGCCCCCGGACCCCGAGAAGCUGCGGCGCGCGGGCAGGGAGUGGGGCGUGUCCCGGCGGAAUUACGACACGGAGCUGCAGGACGCUGGGCUGAGUCCCGAGGAGCAGGUUGAGGCUUUCAGGAGGCGGCAGGAAGAUGAUUUCAAGAGGAAGAAUAAGCUCAUGGCUGAGCUGGAAGAGGUGGAUGAUUAUCGCUCAGACGGGGAUCGUGAUAGUGACGAGGGAAGCUAUCGAAACGGUUGGGUCAACGCAGACGGCGAGCGGCUUCGAGACUAUGGCGUCGAUGAAGACGCAGAACAAUACGACGAGGAGGUCCCCAUUGCAGAAUUACUACGACGCAGAAAGGGGGCAACAUCAUACAACGAUGAGUAA